CAUGAAGCUCCUGGUCUUAAUCUCAACACUCGUGGCUACGUCAUUAGCCGCACCUCAGGGCUACAGUCUGGGUACGCCCUCAGGACCAAGUUUUGGAAUUGGAGGUCCGGGUCCAGGAUUUGGCUCGGGAGGAUGCGGCCACGGACAGGUGCUGCAUGUCGACGGCAGGUGUGUCACUCCACGCGUCAACCGUAAAGUGUACUUAUAUGACGCACCACCAGCACCACCGAUUUCCCACGGUCCUCCUCCUUACAUCCCUGAGCCUACCAUAGACACAAAUAUUGUGUUUAUCCGAACUCCUGAAGGAGGACAAGGGCCAGAUCCCAUCAUCGUACCUCCACCACAACAGAAACACGUCCUGUAUGUCCUGAACAAACAGACACAACAAGGACAGGAAGUGAUUGAAGUGCCAGCACCGCCAGCAACUAGUCCUGAAGUUUACUUCGUGAACUAUGCUGACGGCGAGAACCCAGUACUUCCCAGUGGCGUUGAUCUCCAGAGUGCCUUGAAUGCAGCUUCCCAGGGAGGCGGAUUAGCGGAGGUUUCGUAAGCGGUGGCGAUAGUGGAGAAUUCAUCGCUGGUGGCAGUGGCGGUGGAUUCGUCUCAGGAGGUGGUUUCGGUGGAGGCUCCGGCGUUGUUUCCGCUCCCUCGAAUCUUUACAGUACUCCAUAAAGUUUACCAUUUGAAUAUUUCCAUCAUAUACUUCCAUCUAAGGUUUUAUCUGAAAAGCUUUAAGAAAUUUAUGUUCACGUUUUGUUUUGUUUUACUGAUAUGUAUACAUUCACCUAAUAAAUCUGAACCAAAAAAUAUA